CGCCUUCACGACGACUUUUAGCUCACGUAUUUUGGACAACGAUUCAGGUUUUCUCGACGACCCUUGCUAGCUAGCUUGCAAGCUAGUUAGCAAAUAAAAUGAGCAGAUCAAAGCCAAAAGCAGACUUUGUGAAAGCAGACUCCGGAAACUUGCCAGAUAUAGACAUGGGGAUUAUUAUUGAAUACUUACGGAAUAGCGACAAGCACAACAUUGCCGAGAUUAGGGGUGAAAAAACAUUGAUGGCUUCUAGAAGUGGUUAUGUCCAAAAUGCAGUUGGUUAUGUGGAGCUGAAGAGAGACAAUACCACAUGCAUUGUAAGGGCCAAAGUCGUUCCUGAACACAAAAUCACAAAAAAAUAUUAUUUAGUGACUGUGCACAUUAACGAAAAUGAAAACACAAUUGUAGACACGGAAUGUGAUGGAUGUAACGCUCGAACAGGAGGAUGUAAACACACAUUAGUGGUGCUGUAUUGGUUAGAAAAAAAGUCUACAGAACCAUCACCAACAUCAGUGCAGUGCUACUGGAACAAGCCACGAUUGGCAAUUGAGGGUACUGAGCCUUUACUUACAGAAAAUAUUGUAAAACCACUAAAAAGAGCAGGUACUUUAGGGCCCAAAAAUCCAGAUAAUUUUAAAAAAUUCCUCGAAGAAUGUAAGAAGCGAAAAAUGGGAAAUUCCCUUAUAUUGUCUGUUCUACCAGAAUAUGAUCCUGGAUUGACUAAGUUUGCUAUAUUUGAUAUGAUUCUAGAUUUUACUACAAAAAGUGAUAACCAUGAUUUUGACAAUUUCAAGAUACACAUGUCUGCUAGGCUAAAUAAAAAUGUUAUAAGUGAAAUAGAGCAGGCGACUAAAAAACAAGCAGAGUCAAAGUUGUGGCAUAGUAUCCGCCAAGGCCGAAUCACAGCAUCCAAAAUUCACGAGGCAUGCCAUUGUGAUACUCCAGAUGGUUCACUUGUGGAGCAAAUCCUCGGAGGCUACAAAAUGUUUGAGACUAAGGCAAUGAAACGUGGAAAAUUAUUAGAAAAAUCAGUGGUGGCCAAAUUAGAGAGUGACUUAAACUGUGAGAUUAAAGAAUGUGGCUUCAACCUCAUAAAUUUAAUAUGCGGAGCGUCACCUGAUGGCAUGACAAAUAAUUUCAUAGUCGAGAUUAAAUGUCCAAGCAGUUUAGAAGCUGUCAAAUCAUACGUAGUAAAUAAUAACAUUAAAGAGAAGUUCAAAGCACAGUGCCAGAUACAAAUGCUGUCAACCGGAGUAAAAAAAUGCGCAUUUUGUGUUGCCGACCCGGAAUUUGAAAUAAAUAAAAAAGUCCAGAUCCUUUGGCUGAAGUUUGACGCGGUAUAUGCAAACAAGUUAUUGAAGAAGUCAGAAGUAUUUUGGAAAAAUAAUAUUUAUCCCAAAAUAUUGAAAAAUGCUAAGGCUUAA